AUGCUAAGAGAAGAAGAGCUCAACAUUUCACCAGACUAGCUUGACUAAUUGCGAAAAGAUUAGUCCUCAAAACGCAAAGGAGACAAGGAUUUCAGCUUUAUCUAAAAUAGAGUGCCAUCCCCGCUAAAUAACAAUUUCCUGCUUUCAGAAGAGUAGAGCAGACAUAUAAGAUAACCAUCUGAGGGAUUUAUGUCGGCUGCCAAUAAUCUAAUGAAUUAAGAUGAGUUCAAAUACGGAUACCCCUACGAUCAAGAUUUGAUUGAGGAAGAAAACGAUGCUUAGGGCUGCUCUGAUGAUGAGCUAGAUACCUCAAAGAUUAGUCUAUUCACUGAUGAAAAUUAAAUGAUGACCCAACAUCAAUAACCGCAAUAUAUAAUUGAGAACCUCGAUUAAAAUUUGAUGAUCUUGGAGACUGUGCAGAUGACUGACAGUAAUAACGAUGACUUCAACUACUCUGAGAGCAACUAUCAAAAUAUUGCCUCAUCAUCUUUAGGAGCUAUAAUUCAAGGUAUGAACUCUGGUAGCUUCAUCGGAUUCAAUAACCCUAACUCAAAUUCUAAUCAUCAUUACAAUAAUAAUAGCAGGAGCAGUGGAGCAAGGAAUCUCACUAGUGGAAGAGAUAGUGCAACUCCAUUCAAUUAUGAUGAGAACAGCUUGAUGAAUUUAAGUCAAACUCCCACGAGCAACGCCUACUUGAAGUCAUCUAUGUUACCCAGAGAUAGAAUAAUAAGCAGCACUAAACUAAAUCACAAUUAAAAUUAUUAGAUGGUUUAAAUUGUAGAAGAUAAUAAUGGGGAGGAGCAAGAUGAGAGUAUGCUCCCAGGUUCUAGUCUAACUUUUAACCAAAAAAUACUUUCUAACAUUAGAGAAUCAAUCAAAUAAUAGGAUGAAUGGCUUCAUAAUACAAAAGCCAACCCUAUGGAAAUGCCUCUCUAGAUAAACAAUGAUAGCAAAUAUUUCUACAAGAUUUCAGACCCCAGUCUCUAUGGCAUAAUGCAAUAAGAUGCCAGUGAUGACAUUAAAUUAUUCAGUAGAGGCAAAUAAACUGACAUUAAAGAUGAUUUAUCUUAACAACUAAUACAUCUUUAGAACUCAAAUCUAUAAAUGCUUCACACACUAUAAUAAGAUGAUUAAGAUAGUCAAGAAGAUGAAAUGCAACUCAUAAAGAAAAGACUAGAUUUUUCAAGAUUAUCUUCCCUUUAAAAUCUAAGCUCUCAUUAGGCUUAUCUAGGUGGUCAUUAAGCACCGCAUUCGUUCAUGUUCCAAACUUACUAAAGCUAAAUGUCAAACUAGUCUCUAGGUUAAGAAACCUAACAUUUGUCUACCAUCCAUGGAGUGGAGAGAGAACAAAUAGCUAUUCCAUUUGAGGAAUUGCUUCAUGAAAACAUGAAGUAAAUAAGUAGAAAUGCUAAAAAGGAUCAAUUCAAUACAACUAAAUAUGUUACUAGAGAUGAAGGUAUAUAGGUUAGUUGCUAGGAAUAAGAGAGAUACUCUUAUGAUACAAUCAAUGGAAUACAUUAGGAGGCAGGAAUUUCUCCACCAUAAAGGACUAAAACUUCCUUGAAUUCAAAUAGACCACCACUAUUGAGACCUUAAACUCAAGGUCUUCCAGUGAAUGCCUUCCCACAAAAAUUAACAGUAAAUGGAAAUAAUCAACCAAUUCAGUUGAAUUGUAUUAACAUUGGUAAACUAGAAAUAACAAGCUAAUAUUAUUAGCAGAAAAACUCUGAUAAUAAUAAAAAUUAAAAUCCUCCUUCAUAUGCAAAUUAAGAAAAUAUUACUGCAUCUCAAGGUAUUUAUCAAGCACCUCCUGCUAGCAGAACCACUUCAACCAACUCCUAUACAAGUUCUUUAAUAGAGAAUCAGCAAGCAUUAAUUUGCAAUGCAAACACUUAAAAAUAAUUAGGAAAAAAUAAAAUCUAAAUUAAUCCUAAUUCUGAUACACCAAGAGAACCCUCAUCAUUGAUGAUAGAUGAUUCAUACUGUAAUAAUCCAAGGAAUAUUGUUAACAUUUAGAACUAAAUCAUCAACAAUUAGCAGUAAAUUUUUACAAACUAGAAUUUUAUGAUGCCCUUUAUCGAUCUCUAGAGUCUUCAGGGUGAUCAAGACUUUGAAACAGAUGAUGAUUCAAGAGAUUAACAGAAUUGUGGCUAAAAACCAACUAAGUUUGUUAAAGUUAAGAGAAGACCUAAGGAAAAAGUAGAAAUUACUAAAGAUAAAUAACCGGCAGGCACAUCUAAAUCAAGAAAGAAUCCAGGAGAUCAAAAAUAAUAAAUCUCAAAGUAAAACAUCAAUUUUAUGUCAAAGACAAUGAUCAUUUCUAAAGAUAAGAUUCAGCAAGCUAAAUCUUUCAAUGAAUAGCAACAAAAGUAGCAGUAGAUAAUUGAAAACAUCAUUAUGUAAAAUCAAAUGAUAAAAUAAAAAUAAGCUAAAGCAAAGAAGGUUAAAGUGAUCAGCUCAUCGCAGACUGGACUGUUUUUGAAUCCUUAGUAAGCUUUGAACAGUGGAAGAUCAUUGCCUAACUCUAAUCAGAGUUCAGCUCAGACUUCUUUCCUGACUGCUUAUAAUGUCAAAAAGGGGCCAGUUUAAAAGACUACCUCUAAGAAAAAUUGUGGGACCUCCAAGGAUUCUUCUCAAAUAGAAGAAAAGAAAAUGAAAAAAAUGAUGAAAAAGAAUAAGUCAAUUGCGAGACAGCAUCUUCAAACUAUUGCAAAUAACACAUAAACUAUAAGUGUAGUUGAGAUCACUAAUCAGUAAGAAAAGGAGCCAAAGAAGUAAUUAAGCAAAUGCAAUACUCAUAGAAGUGUUAGCAGACCAAAGAGUGGGUUCCACAAGCAAAUUGACCUAAAUGAAUAGCCUCUCAUUUUAAAUCCAAAUUCAAACCUUGGCAAAAAGAAACACUCUCAAUAAGUCUUCUUGAAAAAUGAUUGCAGCAACAAUAAAGAAAACAUCAGGCCUAGCUCAACUAACAGACAUUAGACUACUAAAAAGUCCAUCAAUCUCGUAGGUGUCGGAUAGCCUAUGAACGGAAGACCUGAGCAGAUUAUUUAAUCUUUUGAGAAUAUCAAACUUCUUAAUGCCUAAGAUUUGCUUAAUCAAAUUUACAAUCAAUAGCAAAAGCUAUCCUCCAAAAACUUCCAAACAAUAUUUUAAAGUUUGGACACCUCGUCUAAUGAUAUUGCUAAAAGAGUUAAGACUGAGGAUAACAUUAGUUCAAAUGUAGCAGUGCAUCACAAUAGAGAUCACAUUAAGAGCAUGUAAACCUUUGAGUCUCACACAGACAUUGAUCCAUAUAACAUGCUUACUAGUUUAGAUAGCCAAAGGUUCUAACAGCCAAAGAGAAGUCAUUAGUAAUAAAUGACUAAUCAUGAAGUUUAUGAGAGUCUAUACAAAGCAGCAGUAGCUUAAAACAGUUCUAGUACUUGCAACAUGAUGUAGAAGAUGUAAAGUCCCUACAACUCAAAAAGCAUGAAGAAUAAGUUUAGUACUAUUAAGAACAAAAAAUGUGGAGAGCUUAAUAUGUCCAAUAACAACACUGGCAGCAGUAAGAUACUAUCCUCUAAAGUUACAUAAAAUACUAGCAAGAUAGGGGGUGCUUUUAAUACUGGCUCAAAUAACAUCAAUGACGACAAAGAUUGCAAAAGAUGCGAUGAACUGAUUCAUAUACUUAAACAUGCUACCAGAUAUAUUGCCCGAUGA